AUGUCUUCACGAUAUCCUCCAUCAUCUGGGUUCAAUUCCCGCGACCGUUCUCCUCAGCGUUUUGGUGACCGUCGCCCUCCCGCUGGCCCUCGUGGUUCCGACGAUGCGAACUUGGCUCCAUUGGGCAGAGAGCCCCCUCGCGGCCCCAAGGCCUUGAUCGAUCAUCCCCGGGGAGCUCCCUUUGGUGGUCGAGGUCGAGGCUUUCCCGGUCGGGCUGAGUUCCGCGACCGCGACCGCGACCCGCGGGAUCGGGACAGGGAGCGAGACCGGGAUUUUCGAGAUCCUCGCGAUGGACCCCCGCCUUUCCGUCGAGAUAUUGACCGGGACUGGCCCCGACGCGAGCGAGACUUCGACCCUCGAGAUGCACGGAUCGGUUUUGGCCGUGGUCGCUCCCGUUCGCCUCCGCCUCCGCCGCGCGACUUCCGUGACAUGAGAGAGCCUGUAGGGCGCGACGCGGAUAUUGUUCGAAUGCGACGUGGCUCGCGAGAUAGCUUGGUAUCGGUUUCGUCGAAUGCUCCGGAUGGCCCCGCCCUUGGUCCGAAUCAUCUCCCUCGUGGUGGCCCGAUGCGCGGGCGUGGUCGGGGAGACUGGGAGAUCGGUCGCGGUCGGGGUCGGGUUCUGUAUCUGGAUGAUCGAGACUCUUUUCGUCGGCGGAGUCGUUCGCGGGACGGUAGGCGUGACUGGGAGCGUGACCGAGAACGCGACAGGGAUCGCGACCGAGAAAGAGAAGUCAGAGAUCGAGUCAUAGACCGGGAGCGCGAGCGAGAACGAGAGCGUGAUCGGGAACGAAUUAUCGACCGGGAUCGCGAACGGGAUAUUGACAGGCGCGACCGCGAAAGAGAACGGGACCUAAUAGAUCGUCGGGAUCGGUUCGAGCGUCGCGACGAUUUGGACAGACGGGCGGACCGCGAUGAGCGGGACCGACCAGCAGAAGCAUGGAAAAGAGAUCAACCUCCAGCUCGAGCUGAUGCCCGUAUUCCCUCUGGAGCCCAUCCCUCGGCGUCCCUGGGCCCUAUCCCUUUAGCCUCGGAUCGACUACCAGACCAUCCGAUCGUUGAACCGCCCCGUAAGCCUUCCAUGGCCGAAGCUCGUCGAGACUCGAUACGGCCUGAUUUGGCUGCAUCGCGCCCAGACUCUGUCAAAGAGCUACCACCACUACUACCGAUCAAGCGGUCUCCUCCUCCGGCGGCCCCUCAGGUACCAGCUUUUGGCUCAGUCACCGCGCCGAUCCCCGAUCUGUCUGCGGACAGGGUGGCCGUUGAUACAGCUUUGACUGAGGUUGCUCCGUUAGUUGCAGAGAAGGAACGCAGUGAACCUCCAUCGCGUGCGCCAGUGCAACCUCCCACGGGUCCGAAAGCAGAGCGCGCCUCCGUCCAACCACCACCAGAACAAAGGUUUCGACGAGAGGAGGUACGCCGCGAUGAAGGCCCGGAGACGAGCGAAAAAGACAGUUCCAUCCCACGUGCACCCAAAACGCACGCCAGCGCUGCUCUUCAUGUGCGAAAGCAGACUCCAGAACUCUCACCACCGACUGCACCUGCGGCAAUGAUUAGCAAGGAAAUAAGCACUCCACAUGGAGAAGCGUCUUUGGCCAGUAAAACAGGUAGUAUGGUCACUUCCCCCGAACUCAACAAGGGUCGCACCCCUUCUGUCGGCGCAACGUCACCCGGUUUGCACAUUCCUACAGGACCUCGCGCUCUGCAGCAACGACCAACACCGACUCGAGGGCCUCCAAAGGGCAAACCGCAGUGGGCUCGACCUGGUUAUAAUCGUCACACAGCCGGAGCUGGCGCAGUACCACCACCGAAACGGGAUUCCAUCGAUGGGCAAGAGCGAAGUCUGUCUAUCAGCGAGGAGCCCAAACGGGAACCACCGGCUCAAGCCGAUGACCACGGUUCCGAACUCGAGGCGGGCGAGAUUUUGCCCGACAAGGAGAUCGAAAGCGGCGCGCGCAUGUCCCCUGAACCUCUGAAAUCUGACACAGUUCGUCAUGUCACUCCUCCACGAGCACCAGCGGCAGAUGUCGAGUUUGAGAAGAAGGUCAUCCCGGAAGACAAACCCGCCAUGCAGGAAAACGCGUUGAUACCAGACUUUGGCCGAUCAAGCGAUGAAGAUGAAGACGAGAACGUGGUAUUCACGCAGGAGUACCUUGAGGAACGGAAACAAAUCUUCGAAAAGGACAUGAAGGCGCUCCGCGUCGAAAUGCCUCCUCCACCCCUUGAAGAUCCGCAUAUCGUUUCGCUCUUAAUGCAGAUUCAGCUCUUAGGAGUCCUUGCCAACGAGCAGGCUGCAGCCGAAGCUGCUCUCUCCCCUGUUCCCCCGGUCGAAAUUCCUAAGGCGGCCGAUGAGGCAGAGGAACCUACACCUACCGUGGUCAAGCAAGACACUGAAAUAAAAACGCCCGAGACGUCCCCGAAGCUCGCUUUAGAGCUAGUUACCCCCGUGGAUAGCAUCUCUGUCAAAAACUUGCCAUUCUUGCAGUCUGGCCCGCCUACACCAAUAUCGGAUCUUGAAAUUUACCAGGAAAAUGCGGCGAUCCACGCUCGUAUGAAGGAUGUGUUCAGCCAGGAAUUGACUAAACGGAGGAAGGAUAUUGCACGGAAGAAUGCGGAGCUUCGCGAGGAGUACUUGUCAUACUACAAGCCUUGGAGACUGCAAGUCUGGGAACUGGAUCGCGCAAAGGCCAAAUCCUCCACCACUCCAGGUGCUGCAACGCCUCCGGCUCCUCCUGCUGCACCGACGCCUCCGGUCGCCGAGGGAAGACGGUACAAAGGUAACAGCGAGCUCGACUUUCAGAACGCCCUCCGUGCGUCCGAAAUAUCUGCACAGGAAGAACUGGAACGCCGUCGGGGAAACAAGGCUACGGCCCAGCCAGACCUUGCCCGGGAAGCCGUCAUCCCAGACAUGCUCGAGCCAAGGGAGGCAAAGGCGCAGGUUUACAAGGAUACCAACAACACUGUCGACCCUGCGGACGCGAUGGAUGUUUUUGGCUUCCUACCUCCUCCCAACGACUUCACGCCGGAGGAACACGAGAUAUUUACCGAUGCCUUCAUGGCUUACCCCAAGAAGUGGGGAAAGAUCGCCGAGUCGCUCCCCGGACGGGAUUUCCAGCAGUGUAUCAUUCACUAUUACCUCACAAAGGAAGAGAUCAAGUACAAGGCGAAGUUGAACAAGAGAUGGAGUCGUCGCGGUCGUGCUCGAAGAUCUGCUCGGCCCAAGUCAAACGCUCUCAUGAAGGAUCUCGGUGUGGUCAAACCCGACUACGAUGGCGAAGAAGAGCCAGCCCCUGUCACAGACACUGGCCGUCCGCGCCGUGCCGCUGCGCCUACGUUUGGAGACUCCUCCGCUGCUGAUACAGAUACCAAUGGUCGUCGCGGUGCUGGCAAGGACAGUGAGCCAGGAGACAAACCCAGCAGACGAGGUGGUCGCACCGGCACGGGCACACGUGGCAAUCGACGAGGCAAAGCUGCUCAGCAACAGCAACAGCAGCAGCAGCAGCAGCAGCAGACACAGCCCCUGCCCCAGCCUCCGGCCCAGGUGUCCAAAGUACCGCACCCAGGCCCUCCAGAACAACCAAUGCAGACGUUGCCAGUGCCAGCAGUUACCACUCCUGUCGUCCACCUGCCCAAAACAGAACCAUCGGAGCCAUCCAUGGCUGGCGCGUCUGAAACAGCCACUGUACGGAUCAAGGAAACGAUCGAGAGAGAUAUCAACGAGGCACCUCCGCGAGCGAAGGCUGGAAGAGGUCGUCAGAGGGAAGGCAUGUACGUCUUCGAAUCGGCAGAACAAGAGACUCCGGGAUCUGCCAGGCACGCAGAGGGUGGCUACGGAUCACUGCAACCUACUAGCUACUGGUCUGUACCCGAGCAACGCGACUUUCCACAGCUGCUGGCCCACUUUGGCAGAGAUUUCGAGGGCAUUUCGAACUUUAUGAAAACGAAGACUACUGUGAUGGUCAAAAAUUACUUCCAAAGGCGCAUAGACUCGGGGCAGAAAGAUUUCGAGGAUAUCGUCGCUGAUGCAGAGGCUAAAAAGGCUCGUGGUGAACGGACUGGUCCUCUGCCGGUGCCUAACUUUGCUUCGAAGCGACGCUAUGAAGCGACACCUUCGUCGAUCAUGCCUCGGCCACUGGCACCCCAUACUGACACUGUCACCGAGGACGAGGCGCGUACCGCGAAGACCAAGCAUGCUGCCACACCCUCUCAACUUGCACCUUUGCAUGCCCGACCUCCUCCAGAGAAGGAGCGCACGGUCUCCAGGUACCCGCCACUAGCCCAAGCUAGCAACGUACCGAUGUCGGCAGUGCCGAUGCUCGGUGAAGAUCCAUCUCGGGCUAUCCGAUCACAGGUGGGCCUACCGCCGCGUCUGCAGGGGCCCCGCUUGGGCUACUUCACCGAGGAAAGACGGGAGGCUCCGGCGACCCUGGUGCCACACGCAAAUGUCCGACCUCAGGAAACACCGCUCUCUGCACGCCAGACCCCCGUGUUGGUCUCAGAAAUGGGUCGGAUGGAGCCACUCCUCGCACAAGGUUUCCGGACCGCAAGUAUGGACGUGCACGGGUCGCCGUUGCUUGCGGCCCAAGGCUCGAUGCCUCCGUCGCAGCAGGCGUACAUGCAGCAACAGCAACAGCCCCAGCAUGCAUUCAUGCCAGCGGCCCCUCACUCCCGCCAAAGCAGCCUUUCGAAACCUCCCGGCUCGCCUGCACAGCCUUUGCAGCGGCAGGAAGCGGAGAUCUCGCCCAUUCGACGCGACUCUACUAGCCAACGGUCAUUUUACCCAUUGCCCGGCCAGCUUGCUGGAAUGUCCCAGCCGCCGCCGAUUCUGUCCCCGCCCAAGGAGUCGCCGCGGCCGAAUUCGACUCCACUGGAGCCCGCAGAGGCGCCCCGGCAGGUGCCUGCUAAACGGUCCAACAUUAUGAGCAUUCUGAAUGAUGAGCCGGAGGAGCCACAGCCUCGGAAGCGGUUUGCCAGCGACCAGGCCUCGUUCAACGCGCCAGGCCGGCCGGCGUCGCCGUCUCGUCCCAUGUACUCAGGGGCCCAUUCGCUGCCUCAACAGACACCGUCGCGUCAGGAGGAGGCGUUGCUGGCGUCUGCUGCCGCCCAAAAGCCUCUCUACGCGCAGCAGAGUCAGUACCUGCCGCCCUCGCGUGCUUAUUCGGACUAUCAGGCCUACUCCACUGUCCCUGGAGGAUCCCCCGGCCCGCCGGCGAACAACGACUGGAUGGCUCGGUUCGACCCGCGAGGCCAACAGCAACAACAGCAACAACCUGCGCCUCCUCAGCCUUCGCAGCCGGGUAAUCGUCCGGCCACAACAUUGGCACCGCAGCCGUCGUACUCUCCAUAUACCUCCGGGCAACCCCAUCCAGCUCACUCUCUUCCAAACCUCACCGCUCCAUCUCCAGCUCCGACGCCGACUCAGCGUCCCUCGUAUCCAGGAUUGGUCUACGCACAGUCGCCAUCUGCACACACGCAGACAGCGCCUAGUGGCACGCGCGAUCUAGGCUCGCAGAAUCAGAUUUAUCGGCCUGCAGUUGGAUCUCCCACUUCACGCAGCAAUACCAUCGGGUAUGGCUCGCGACAGGGUCCGCCGACGCCCGUCCAAUCCCAAGCAAAUCUGCUUGGCCUUGCGUCCCGACCGCCAGCGUCCACAGCGCCGUAUGCCUCGACGGGGCAGACAACGCCGGCCCCACCGACCCAUAUGUCGGCCCACGCGAGUGGUCACCAGACAUAUCAGCAGCAUGUGCAGACCAUGGUCAACGGAGCCCAUCAACAGCAGUCACAUCGCCCUCCGCUGGGAUUGAGUGGCGCCGGCUAUGGCCACAAUACACCCCCGCCGCAAGCACACACUUCCCGUGCGGCCGGGCUGCCAGUCCCGCCGUCUCAGUCGGCAGCCAUGGGCCGGUCGUACACCCCGCCCGCGAUUUUGCAGCCGAACCCGGCAGGCGGGAUGGGCUAUGCCCCUGGCGGUCCAUCGUCGGGUAUGCACCCGCUUCAGGCGCGGCCGUCUGGUCCUGGAUCCCUAGCCGAACCUCUUCCUUCUGCCCACAAACCCGGACAUCAACGGGGUUACAGUCAAGGAUCAAGUGCUGGAUCGCUUCCGGGAGGAAUGCCUCCACACCCACCGCCGCGCUAG